AGUUUACAUUUGAAGUGUCAUGUAAAAGCUUUUCAAAAAUGUAUCAGUAACUUGAAGCCCACUGCAAGUAAAAUUCAUAUACAUAAGCUGAGCAGACCAGAAAAAUUGCGGCAAGUUGGCAGCUUUGUUUUGCAAACACAAUCAGCUGUUUCAACAACGCUCAAACGAUUGCGCUAACAGAUGCGAAUAGAUUUUUGUUUAUAUUUUUAUUAGACGAUUACAAUGGGUGUGUGCCGUUUUUUUCAACAAGGCUCCUGCCGUUUUGGUACAAAAUGCCACAACGAACAUUUUGAUGUUAAACAAUACCUUAAAACAGACAUAGAAUCCUGCAUAAAUGGUAAAAUGUGGCCUUUUUCUGUAUAUGGACCGUUUAAGGACAAACCCAACAUACCCAACUUCAUAGAAGAUCAGUCCUUCGAGGAGGUGAGGUACCAAGCGUACGAAAGCCGCCGACAGAAUUGCUUCGAGCAAUUUCAUCAGCAGUUCACCAAGGAGGUGCUUGAUACAACGAAUAAAAUGAAGGUCAUGCUGCAGGCAACACCCCAAAUAAUCGAUGUCAUGAUCAAGCUAUAUGAAAGCCCGGAAGGCAACCAGCCAGCGGCCAAUAAUAAUAGCAAUCCGUUUGGUUUUGUCGGCAACAAUGCAGCACAAACCAGCUCCAUUUUCAGCAAGCCCGCUUUGGGCGCUAGUAGUGCCAACAUUUUUGGUGGCGCUGCUGCUGCGCCAAGCUUCGCGUCUGGUGGCAAUUCUAUCUUUGGAGGUGCCUCCGCCAGCAACACUGCUGGCACUAGCAUUUUUGCGGCUGCUCCAAGUACACAAAACAUAUUUGCCCAACAACAACAGCAGCAGCCAGGCCCGUUCGUGCAGCAACAGGCGCUGGGACAGACGCAGCCCUCAAUAUUUGGACAAGCGCAGCCGCAACAGCAGCAACAACAGAAUCCGUUUGGACAGGCACAAGCGCCAGCAGCUUUCUCUGGUGGCAGCAGUAGCGUUUUUGCCCAAGCGCAGCCGGCAAAUGCAUCGCCCUUCGGGCAAGCUGUCACCUUUGCGCCGCAGCAGCUGCAGCCAUCUCAACCUCAGCCUGGCGGCAUCUUUGGUCAGAGCGCAGCUGUUGCGGCGCCAAAUACAGGCAAUAUUUUCGCACAAGCGGCUGCGCAGGCGCCAAGUGGGUUUUUCGGUCAACCGCCGGCUGGCUUUCAGCAGCCGCAGCAACAACAACAAAUGCAAUCGGAAGCACCACAACAGCUCCAUGCAUUACAGCAGCAGCAGCAGCAGCAGCAACAACCUUCGCAACCCGACAAUAGCUCAUCUAUAUACAGUCGCAUGGAGGAUCUUACACCGGAGGAGAUUGCGGCCUUUAAAGCGGAUCAAUUUGCGCCUGGACAGGUGCCCUUUAAGCCACCACCAAGAGAGCUUUGUUAAAUUUAAAUGGACUUGCAACCGUUUUUUCUU